UGGCUUGCUGAAAUAAUAGUUUUCCGUGUGAAUUUAGAGCAUAAAUUCUUAGUUUGAUUAUAUGGUUUUUGUCCACUGUAAGUGAAGGAAAUCAGUGAUUUAUGGUGAAUUAUUUGUUUUUUAGUCGAAAAAGUGACGUUUCUCGCAUUUUCUUUUUGUUUUUUUUAACCCUAGAAGACAAGACAGAUGGGUUUUAAUUUUGUUUAUUUUUUAAUUUUUCAUUCCAUAUGUUAGUUUAACAGAUUCAUCUUUACCUGAAAACUUCAAUUCAAAGUUUAUGCUACACUCUCUAGUUAAUAUCUUGUUUUACAUGCUACUGCACCUGAUUUUUUCUUUGGUUCUCCGGUGGCUAUAUCAAAACAACAAUGUUGUUGGUUAACCCAGGUUGCUCUCCUUGUCUCUCUUAUUAAAAUCCAUAUCUCCGUCUUUGUGUGAUUGAAUGACUUUGUUGCUGGGUUGCUUUGAUCAAUAUCUGAAUUAUACAUGAGAAUAGCUGGAUCAACAAAAUGAGAGCGUUGUAACUUCCUGAUUGGAUAUCUGCCAUACUCAUCUGGACUAGUAAAUUGGUUCUGAAGUACUUUCAAUUGUAUUUCUAAGGCCGACAAAAAGACAAGAAGGGAUGAAGUUUAAGGCAUUUCUUAUCGAGAAUGGUGUAAAUCUGUUAGAAAGAAGAUUUUUACCGGCCUUGGAAAAGAUGGGGAAGAUAUGCCACAUCUUCCUCACGAGAGACCACGCUAUCUUUCUCCACAAUCUUCUUAAUGGUGACGGUAUUCAAUGCAUUGCUCAGUUUCGCAAGGAGGCUCUCUUUGAUGACUAUCGUAUUUCCAGCCAAAAUGAAGAUCGCAUUGCCUUUGCCAUUGACGUCUCCCUUCUCCAACGUGCUGUACGUAGCAGUGUCAGCAUUUGUAGUGAAUUUGGUGGUGGGCCCGCUGAAAAUCGCCUCCAAAUCAAAUUGGUGAAGAAGCUACCUCCCAAUUGUACUCAACCAAUGCCUUUCCUCACCUUUGAGACUAAGGGCUACAAAUCUGCGGUUAUUCAGGAUGUUCCGAUCUCGAAACCACUCUCUAGGGCUCAAGUUCUUGAACUUCAAACUGCUUUGGAUUUGGCACAGGAUUUACCUCCGACUUUGGUUCAGGUUCCAGAAUUAAAUCAGUUGCAAAGCUUUAUCGACAGGAUGAAGCAUAUUGGUGAAUUACUUAAUGUCUUCAUAAGCAAGUACGGGGAUCUGCAUGUUCAAAUUUCAACAACUUUAAUCACACUGGGUGCUGAGUUUCAGAAAUUGUUGGUCAUUGGAGACAGAGCCCAAUCACCACCUGAGGAUCAUAAUCUGAGUGCUCGGACACGAUCAGAGAGGGCGGUUUUGAGGGGAGAUGCUCAGUCUGUGCAGGUAAGUGUGAAGCACUUUUGGAAGAGCCUUCAGUGUCACUUGGCCAAACCUGAUUGCGCUUUCUAUGGAAUUGCUCCUCAAGGGGCUUGCUUGACAGUGAUAUUUCAGUUUUUCAUCCCUGGUACACAUCAAAUAGAUAAAUCGAUCAGUCUGCAUUGUAGGCUUCCGGUACUUGAUCCAGGAUCCAAUUGAAAGUGAAUAGGUAAACAGUGUAUGUAUAACUCUUAUGUUUUUGGAUUAUAGUAGUGAUUUUACCUUUUGAAUGUGGUUGAAAUUUCAUUUGCAAUGCAGCCCUGUAUCCAAGUAGUACAGUGGAAUUUCUGGUUAACUUUCUUUGUUAAUAUCUUGCUUUACAAGCUCGUGGGUAGAAGCGGACAAGAGUCAAAAUUUUAUUUUUA